GCCCAGUUAAAAGGAGAUUGAGAAGAAGUUGACGGAUCGUGCAAAGAUAGUUUUUUUCCAGAGCGGGUUUUACCCCCGGCCGUGGAGAAAAUGGAACAGAAAAGGCUUUACAAGCUCGUGCUCACGGGAGGACCAUGCGGAGGCAAAACCACCGGGCAAACUAGAUUGUGCACCUUUUUUGAAAACCUAGGAUGGAAGGUGUUCCGUGUUCCCGAGACAGCGACCGUGCUGCUCAGCGGCGGCAUCAAAUUUACAGACCUGAAUGCAGAACAGGCAUUCAAGUUUCAAGAAAAUUUGCUGAAAACUAUGCUUCAGAUUGAAAACACUUUUUUCCAGUUGGGUGAAAGCCUUUCCAGAAAUUGCCUUAUUAUUUGUGAUCGCGGUGCAAUGGAUGCAUCUGCAUUUAUUUCAAAGGACAAAUGGGAACUGAUGAUGGCAUCCAAUGGUUGGAACAACGUCGAGCUUCGAGAUACACGAUACAACCAAAUUAUCCAUAUGGUCUCGGCGGCCAACGGCGCCGAGGACUUCUACUCAACUGAAGAUCAUACUUGCCGUUCCGAGGGUAUUGAGCUUGCCCGCGAACUAGACUACAAAGCUGCUUCAGCUUGGGUGGGUCACCCCUACUUUGAUGUCAUCGAUAACUCUCAGGAUUUUGAAAGUAAAAUCUGUCGAAUGAUUGAGUGCGUGUGUCAGAAGCUCGGCAUUGAUACCGGAGAUCGUUUGCGUGCUAGUAGUAGGAAGGUCAAGUUUCUGGUCAAGGGGCCGCUGCCUCUUGACAUCGACUUCCCACCUUUUCAGGAUUUCGAUGUCGUCCACAACUACUUACAAAGUAAUAAUCCAAAGACCCAAGCGCGGCUUAGGAAGCGUGGACAAAAUGGUCAUUGGUCAUACAUUCAUACUAUAAGACGACCAAAGAUGUGCGGACAGGUUGUUGAAGUUAAAACGCAAUUAACGCACAGAGAUUAUUUAAAUAUGUUAGCUCAACGAGAUGACUCGCACUUUACAAUCUUCAAACGUCGUCGCUGCUUUCUUAUUAAUAAUCAGUACUUUCAAUUAGAUAUCUAUAGAGAACCGGCGCAUCCAAGAUGUAAAGGUUUGAUGCUGCUGGAAACUUAUACAGCAUUACCAAGUGAUAAGUUACAAAAUAUACUGCCUCAGUUUUUAACAAUUGAAAAAGAAGUUACUGGAAAUCCUGACUAUAGCAUGUUUAACUUAAGCUUGUGCGAGGAAUGGGAUAGUACAAACAAGUACUGUCAUAACUUAAAUAGUAGGUAUUUUUUAUUUAUACAACGCAAAUUGCUACUUAAGCAGUAA